AUGCCGCCAAACGAGGAGUCCUCUCAGGACGCCUUGGAUGCAGUGGAUUAUGACCCGGUCGACCAUCUCAAUGCCAUCUUCUCCCAUCCAUCCACUCUCUCCUCCGUUUCCCAGGUCACCAGCACCCUCCACGCCUACGAGGAUGAGUUGGACAACAAUAUCAGCGCUCUGGUCGAAGAGCAGGUCACUUCAAAUGCCGACAGUGUGGAACGUAUCCAGACAGCCAAGGCUGAUCUGUCAGAGCUAUUCAAGAAGAUCGACGACGUUCGUGAACGCGCGAUGAAGACCGAGCAGGCCAUCACGGAUAUGACGGCGGACAUUAAACAAUUGGACAACGCGAAAAAGAAUCUCACUCUGUCCAUGACAGCACUCAAACGUCUUCAGAUGCUCACCACUGCCUAUGACCAACUUCAAGCGCUGAGCCGGACGCGACAGUACCGAGAAUGCGCGCAGCUUCUCCAGGCGGUGAUCCAGCUGAUGGCCCAUUUCAAGUCAUACCGAUCGAUUGAUCAGAUCGCAAUCCUGAGUCGGAAUGUCGCGGACAUACAACGGGAUCUUCUAGAGCAAGUCUGUGAAGACUUUGAGAUUGCCUUUGCCAAAGGUGAAGUUGCUCAGAGGCGCGGGAUUCUCUCGGAGGCUUGUCUUGUCGUGGAUGCGCUAGGCGAGCACGCUCGAUCCCGACUGGUCACUUGGUACUGCAACACACAGCUUCGCGAGUACCGUCAGGUCUUCCGCAACAAUGAAGAAGCCGGGUCAUUGGACAAUAUUUCCCGCAGAUACUCCUGGUUCCGGCGCAUCCUGAAGAUCUACGAUGAGGAGAAUGCAGCCAUCUUCCCGGCUGCUUGGAGAGUGAAUGAAAUCCUGGCUAAUGUCUUUUGUGAAGGUACUCGUGAUGAUUUCAAGGGCAUUUUGUCUCGGUCAGUACGCAGUGGACAGACAAUUGACGUCAAUCUAUUGCUUUCUUGUUUGCAAGAAACACUUGAGUUCGAACAUUCACUCGAAAGCCGAUUCGCGCCUUCGCGCCCAUCUACGGACACAUUUACCUCCUCAAGCGAGAACCCCGUGUUCAGCCAGUCUAUCUCCGAGGCUUUCGAGCCUUAUUUGAGCGUCUGGGUGGAUGCACAAGACAAGCAGCUUGCCGCGUUGUUACCCAAGUACCGCCAGCAGCCUCUACGGCCCCUUGACGAGGAAUUCAACUCACACAUAGUGAUCUCUUCUUCAACUGAGCUUUUUGCCUUUUAUCGUCAUGCUCUGCAACAAUGCGCCAAACUCUCGACUGGUGGGAGUCUGGCCGAAUUGGCCAAGGUGUUUGCUAAGUACUUGGACCAGUACGCACAGCAGGUCCUCCUCAACUAUAUCAGUGAACGACCCAGCAGUCACACCCCCUCGAAGGUGCCAACCAUUGAGGAUUUUGUCUCCGUUCUCAAUACCGCUGAUUAUUGCUACACCACGUGUACUCAGUUGGAAGAAAAGAUCAAAGGUCGCUUGGAUGAGUCUCUCAAGCAGUCAGUGGAUCUCCAGAGUCAGGCAGAUUCUUUCAUGGGCAUUGCUUCUGCGGCUGUCCGAGGUCUGGUUCGGCAGGUUGAGGUUGAAUUAGAACCGAGUUGGCGAGAAAUGCGCAACACGCCCUGGAGCAAAAUUGAGGCUGUCAGUGACCAGAGCUCGUAUGUGGGCGAGCUUUUGUCGCGCACUAAAACAAAGGCCUCCGAGAUCCUGCAACUGCUGCAUAAGCAACAGUAUGCGCGAGCCUUCUCCGAUCACCUGGUUGAGUUGAUGUCAAGUUUAUUCAUCAGCAACGUCUUCCAGUGCAAGCCUGUUUCGGAGACAGGCGCUGAGCAAAUGCUUCUCGAUUCAUACACUCUUAAGAGUGGCCUUUCAUCCCUCCUCCCGGCCCCUGCCCCAGCUGGCUUCGUAAAGCGCGUCAACACCAGCUUCUUCAAGGUCGAAACUCUCCUCAAAACGCUACAAGUCCGGCCAUCGCCCCCCGAGGCGUUGGUGCAGGCAUACCUCAUCCACAUUGCGGACCGAAACAACAACAACUUCCGCAAAAUUCUCGACCUCAAAGGCAUUCGCAGCCGACAAGAGCAGAACCAUCUCGUCGAGCUCUUCCAGCUACAUCGUGCAUCCGAUCGAUACGCAUCCAAUCUCCAGCAGAGCAAUCCGAUCCUUACUGCCCUUCAAGCACCUGCUGCUGCUACCACCACAGGGUCAGUCUCGCAGGGCCUGGGCCUUAGCGGUGCUGGAUCGAUGCCUUCGCGUUUCGAUGCCUCCAUGCUCGGCUCUGCCAUCAUGUCCGCAGCCAAGGACGGUGUUGACCGCUUCGGAAAUCCUAGUCUUAGCGCACUGGGUGCUUCCGGUGUUCCUGGCAUUACAGGCACGCCCCCGCCCGGCUCUGGUUUCGGAGGUACAUCCGGGACGCCUUCUCCUGCGACGACUACUUCUGCCCAACAAAUUGGCCAUGCUCAUACUCCCUCGGAAUCGACUGCUGCUGCUAAUCUUAACGAGAACUUGAAGAACAUUGGGAAGUUCUUCCGCCGUGACCUGGGUAGCUUUGGGAGUCGGUUUGGUCGGGGCGCUGAUGAUGCAGCGUAA